CUUUAUUCUACAAAAAUACCCAUUCUCGUACUCAGAUUACCUCACUACUCUGAGUUAUAAGUGCUAACAAUUUUGAGUUGUUGAACUCACAGGUUUGGCCGGGACUUUUAAGUUGGUUUCGAUUUUGCUUGUGUAACGAUGGCCGGGGAUGAUAAAAUGAAUAUUGACAGUAUUAUUGCCAGAUUACUGGAGGUGCGUCGAAUCCGUCCUGGCAAAAAUGUGCAACUAAACGAAGCAGAAAUCCGAGGACUGUGCCUGAAAUCCCGCGAGAUUUUUCUCAGUCAACCAAUUUUGUUAGAAUUAGAAGCUCCACUGAAAAUAUGCGGUGAUAUUCAUGGUCAAUACUACGACUUGCUUCGACUAUUUGAAUACGGAGCAUUUCCUCCUGAAGCAAACUAUCUGUUUUUGGGUGACUAUGUGGACAGAGGAAAACAGUCUCUUGAAACAAUAUGCUUACUACUAGCCUAUAAAAUCAAAUAUCCUGAAAACUUUUUCUUAUUAAGAGGCAAUCAUGAAUGUGCCUCAAUCAACCGUAUAUACGGAUUCUAUGAUGAGUGUAAACGUCGAUAUAACAUAAAGUUGUGGAAAACCUUCACAGACUGUUUCAACUGCUUACCAAUUGUAGCAAUAAUCGAUGAAAAAAUAUUUUGCUGUCAUGGCGGUCUCUCACCAGAUCUUUCGACAAUGGAACAAAUAAGACGCAUUAUGCGUCCCACAGAUGUACCUGAGCAGGGAUUACUUUGCGAUUUACUCUGGUCAGACCCAGACAAAGAUGUAUCUGGUUGGGGUGAAAAUGAUCGUGGUGUCAGUUAUACAUUCGGUCCAGAUAUUGUAGCCAGAUUUUUGCAUAAACACGAUUUGGACCUGAUAUGUCGUGCUCAUCAGGUUGUCGAAGAUGGUUAUGAAUUUUUCGCAAAACGUCAGUUGGUGACACUUUUCUCCGCCCCGAAUUAUUGUGGUGAAUUCGAUAACGCUGGAGCUAUGAUGUCUGUAGAUGAUACAUUAUUGUGCUCAUUUCAGAUUUUACGUCCAGCUGAAAAGAAAAAGUACUAUGUUGGAGUUCCAACGGGUAGUCGGCCUAUAACUCCACCGCGUGGAGCUAAGGCCAAAGGGAAAUUAUAAAUCACCUCAAAAUUUCACACUUUCAAUUUUUGUGCUUUUAAAACUACUACUACAAGAAUCGAGGCGUCGUCAGGUGAAUAAUAAUGAUGAUAAAAAUAAAAAUAACAAUGAUAAUAAUAAUAUUAAUUAUUAGUAAUAAUAAUAAUAAUUUCAUUACCAUCCCUUGUUCAUCGCUGUCAUUUACUGCAGCUUCUUAUCAUUUACUACUGCGUCGACAAAAAACAAACAAACACAACACGAGUACAAGUACUUAGAUUUCCCCUUUUUUUAUGCGUGGUUUUUCUUGUCAAUGCAAAAAAGUGUCAGUUAUGUUUUGCCCCUAUAUACGUGUAACUAUAUGUGUGUGUGUGUGUAUGAAGAUUGAGUCAAAAUCAGUGCGUGUGUUGUUGUCAGAUUAAAUUUUCGGUGUUGUUUAUUUAAUUAAUAAUUGUCAAACAGCUCUUAUCUACCUUUCUGUCGGUCUGCUUGGAUGACUGUUUGUUUGUUUGUUUGUGUUUUCAAGACAGCUUUUCCUAUCUAGUCAAAAGCUGGCUUUGAUGAUUGCAUGAUAUAUUGAUGUUAUAGGGGCGUACACACACAACACGCUAACUUCUCUAAUGUUGAACAUUAUAUAUAUACAUGCCUGUUUAUUCAGUUGGAUACCGUCUUUAAUUCCUAUCAAUAUUAUUAUUAUUACUACUACUAAUAUUAUCAUUAAUAUUAAUAUGAUAAUGGUUAUUAUUAUUAUUGUACAUUUUUUAUUGUGUUUUAUUCUUACACCUAAGAGAUUUGUUGAAUUGUUGAAGAAUUUGAGU